AUGAAAAAACGGACACUCAAGUUUACCACAUGUCUCUUCAUAUUCCUUUUCAAAGAUAUCAACAAUGUGCAUACACGUGUAAAAAAGCGACACUGUGAUUUUUCCGCAUUAGGUAGCAAAAGGGCAAGAAAAAACAAAACUCCAUGUCAGUACAUUCAUCUGGUGUCUCAUAGUACAGAACAAAAAGGAGGAUGCAGAAGAAGAAGCAGAAAUCGAAGUAUAUUUAGAAACACAAGCAGGGGUAGAUGCAGACGUAGGGUCUUAGAGUAUGUGAAAAAGACUACAUCCCUCGAAACAAGAAUUUUUUCAAAUGAAUCAAGCAAUGAAAAUAUUGAGCUGCAAGAUUCAUUUCCCCCCUAUGAAUACCAAGAUGAAAACCAAAAUAAACUCAUAGGUAGAACCUUCGAAGGAAUAACUAUUUACCCGUUGGAAGAACCUGAAAAUUAUGGAAACAAAUUCAGAACCAAAUUGCCAUCAAAGGAAUUUAAACCAAAGAGAAGCUUAGGGCAGAAUUAUUUAAAGGAUGAAAAUAUUAUACAAAAAAUGGUGAAAGCUAUUGAGAUCAAUGCAAGUGACUUAUGUCUUAAUCAAAAUAUAAAAAGUAAUACUCAAAGUAAGGAGCUACAAAAAACAAAAAAUAAUAAACUACCAAAAAAAAAUCGUGUUGAGAAUCGAGUCAAGAUACGUCAUAAAAAUAGGGGGAAAAAAGAUUACAUAAAAAAUAAGGAAAUGAUAACUAUACAUCCAAAUGGUAAUGGAAGUGAUAAUGUAGACAAACAGAUUAUUACUACAGAAGGUAAUCACACAGAGGUGUCUACAACCAAUCAGAUUAGUGAUACCUCUCCUGAAUGGAAAGUAACAGAAAUGGAAAAAGGAACCACGUUUGAAAGCAUAAAAGAUAACGGAAAGGGUAUAAUCGAAUUGGGAUGUGGAUUAGGACAAAUAAGUAAAUUUUUAUUUGCAAAAUAUAAAAAAAUGACAGCCGUUGAAAUAGAUAGUCGAGCAUUGUCUAUACUAAGUAGGACUAUGCCAGGUUUUGAUUUCAUCCAUGAUGAUGUGUUACAAAUAAAUUAUAAAGAAUUAUCUGAAAGUAAAGGUACUAAAUUAACAAUAAUUGGUAACUUACCUUUUUAUAUAACGUCUCAAAUAUUAUUUUGUUUAUUGGAUUUCCAUGAAUAUAUAGAACAAGCAAUUGUGACAAUUCAAUAUGAAGUCGGUCAAAGAAUAAUCGCAAAACCAAAUGAAAAGUGUUAUUCCAUUUUAAGUAUCCUUUUUAAUUUAUAUACCACUCCUCAUUUACUUUUUAAAAUUCCAAGUAAUGCUUUUUACCCUGUACCUAAGGUCGAAGCAGCUGUUAUGAAAAUUAUUUUUAAACGUAUCAAUCUUAACUGUAAUUUGCUUUUUUUAAAAGAAAUAUUAAGACAUGCUUUUCAACAAAGGAGGAAAAAACUUAAAUCUAGUUUAAAACCCUUACUAGCGAAAUAUACCAUUACUCAAGAACUUCCUCCAAAUUUUUGUCAUUUCAGACCACAGCAGUUGACUCCAUAUCAGUUUAUUGACCUCACCAACUUUUUAUUUCCUCUUAGUUCUUACCCCUUUGAUCCCAGUGUCCAUACGAAAGUCUGGCGCAAGAAGAAGCACGGUGAUUGA